AUGUCAGACUUGGGCUCGGAUCCGGUGCCCGAUGAUCGGAUCGACGAGUUUGUUAGGCAGUUUGAAGGGGGUAAAAGUAUUAAAAGGGUCCUAAUAGCAAACAACGGGUUAGCGGCAAUGAAAUGUCUGAUUUCGAUUCGUCAAUGGCUUCAGAAUCAGUUCGUCACUUCAGACGUCGUCAGUUUUGUGUGUGUUGCUACAGAAGACGAGAUGAAGUCGGCGUCUCACUACCUCAAGCUGGCCGAUGAGAUCAUUAUGGCACCAGCUGGCUCCAACUCCAAGAAUUUCGCCAACGUUGACGUCAUCGUCAGUCUCGCUCUGAAGUCUCGAGUAGACGCCGUUUAUGUCGGAUGGGGACACGCUUCCGAGAAUCCGGAGCUUUGUCGUUGUCUUCGGAAGGCCAAUAUCAUUUUUAUUGGUCCUUCUGAGAAGUCCAUUGUUGCUUCAGGUGACAAAAUCAUCAGUACAAUCAUCGCCCAAUCGAUCGGAAUGCCAACAGUGACAUGGAGUGGAAGUGAUGUGAAAGUUGACGAAUGUGUAGAUUUCGAGCAUUUCCAUGAACUUCGUGCUCAGGCGACAAUUAAAACAGUCAGAGAGGGUCUCGAAGCGAUUGAAAAAUAUCGAAUUGGAGUGCCAAUGAUGAUUAAAGCAUCGGAAGGUGGAGGUGGAAAGGGAAUCAGGAAAUGUGAACGGAUGGAGGAUUUUGAGCGGUUUUUCAAAGAGGUUGAGAUGGAGGUCCCCAAUUCGCCAAUUUUCCUAAUGAAAUGUAUGGAGGGAGCGCGGCACGUGGAAAUCCAAAUAAUUGGUGAUAAACAUGGAGAAGUGAUUGCAUUGUCGUCGAGAGAUUGCACAAUUCAACGGAGAUGUCAGAAAGUGAUUGAGGAGGCGCCGGCGAGUAUUGUUCCAGACGAGAUUAUGGAGAAGAUGAAGAGAGUGAGUUUGGAUUGA